UUGCAGAACAUAGUACGACAGGACGUCGCAUGGUUUGACACUCAGUCCUCCGGCAAAUUAAUCACGAAACUAACUUACAGUGUCGACCAAAUCGAAGGUGGAAUCGGCGAUCGCACCUUUAUUCAGAGUGUCACCACGUCAAUUGCUACGGCUGUGGUCUCACUGAUUGUUGGAUGGAAAUUGGCCCUGGUCUCCUUUACACUGUCCCCAGUAAUUCUUGGGGCCUUUGUGACCCUUGGCUUUGCGCUUCGCAAAUUUUCGGCUAAAGAAAUAGUGGCCUACGAGAAAGCUGGUUUGAUUGCUGCAGAAAUUCUCGCUGCUAUUCGAACUGUUUUUGCCUUUGGUUGCCAAGAAAAGGAAUCUCUUCGGUACGAAAAUGAGUUGGGUGCAUCGGCACGCGUUUUUAUGUUGAAAAGCUUGCUCAUGGGCAUCGGUAUGGGAAUGGUUGGAUGCACUAUCUAUUGUGCAGCUGCACUGAUUCUUUGGUAUGGUGUUGAGUUGAUAAUAACGGAGAACUACGACAAUGGUAACGUUGUUUCCGUCAUGAUAUGCUUCAUAGUUGGAAACACUUCGCUCGGGAGAAGCCUGCCGGAAAUUGAAUUCUUCGCAAAUUCGAAGAGAGCAGCAGCAUCAAUAUUCCAGAUAAUUGACAGAAUUCCAUCCAUUGAUGUGAUGGGUCAAGGAGAAACACUGAAAGAAUUUUCAGGAAAAAUUGAAUUCAGAAAUGUGACCUUCAACUACCCAACCAGACCAGAUGUUCAGGUUCUGAGUAAUUUUUCGCUGACAAUUAAUCCCGGUGAAACAGUAGCAAUUGUUGGCCCCAGUGGAUCCGGCAAGAGCACAACCGUUCAGCUACUUCAACGGUUCUACGAUACUGUUGGAGGAAAGGUGGGUUCUAUACACAUUUGA